UAUCCACCCCCGGAUGUUGACCGCUUCCUCCACACUCCAUUCCACCAGCGCAUCACCAUGGCCGUCGUCGAAACGAACAUCAACUACUUUGACCUGUCGAAUGACCGCGUCUUUUAUCCCGGAACCGCGGGAUAUCAGCGGAGAAAGUUCGAUGUCAAAACCAUGCCGAUCCACGACUUGCGCGGGAAGGAAGAUGAAUUCACCCUCGACAAGAAUGGAUUCGUCGUGAUGAAGGGCCACUGGUCAGAGGAGGAUGUCGUGGACGAGCCGGAACACAUUGAAGGCGUCGUCUUUCCCGAGACCAUUGCGGCGGUGAAGAAACUGACUGGUGCAUCCCAUGUUCUACCCUUUUCCCAUUUAGUUCGCCGAAGCCUCGCUUCCACUGUGCGCGACCAGGCAGAAGGGAAAAAGGAUUCCGACACCGUCGACGCCCCCGGGCCCACCAUUUUCGCACAUUGUGACAACUCAGUUGCGGGCGCGCGCACUGUCCUGGAGAACAACUCUACUCCGGAAGAGCUUGAGAAGAGAGAAAAAAUGCGCUGGGCCAUCAUGAACGUCUGGCGACCUUUGAAGCGACCUGUGCAGCGCGAGCCAUUGGCGCUGCUGGACGCCGCCACCACCGAUCGCGAGGACUUUAUCGGAGUCAUGGCCAUGUUUCCGCAGAAGAAAGACGCCGCAUUCGGGCAGGCUUACAAAAAGGGAGUGGGGUUUGAGACGUCCCAGAUUCUGUACAACCCUGCCCAUCGUUGGUACUACGCAUCGGGACUGCGGCCUGAUGAAGCGCUGCUCUUCAAGCAGUUUGAUACCAAGGACAGUGGAGUGGCUCGGCAGACGCCUCAUACUGCCUUUCAGUCCAAGGAAGAUACUGGACCGCCGAGAGAGAGCAUGGAAGUGCGCUGUCUUGUAUUUUGGGAAAACGAAAAUGCCUGAUUUGUAACGUAGAUUCAGUUGUAAACAUGACAUCUUUUCCGACCGC